GCAGUACGUCUGCGAGCCACGGUGCUGCAGCUGCAGCUUUCGCAGGGCAGCCGGGGGCUCGCAUCUAAUCGGUGAGAUCUGGGGGAGCUGCUUGUGUCAUCCCCCGAGGAACGUUACUGCACCAGCGUUUCGUACCCCGAAAAGCGACAUGGCUCCAGCUCCCACGAGAUCACCCCUCCUGUCGCCCAGCGGGAGCCGCAGCCCCGACGAAAGCGGCAGGUUUGUCCCUUUCCGAAAGCACGCCGUCCGGGAGGAGCGGGCUUACAGCUGGGGGAUGGCAGUGAAUGUGUAUUCGACAUCUGUGACCAUCGAGAACCUGAGCCGACAUGAUAUGCUGGCAUGGGUCAAUGACUCCCUGCAACUCAACUACACAAAGGUGGAGCAGCUGUGUUCAGGAGCUGCGUACUGUCAGUUUAUGGACAUGCUUUUUCCCGGUUGCGUACACCUGAAGAAAGUCAAAUUCCAAGCCAAGCUGGAACAUGAGUACAUACACAACUUUAAAGUACUACAGGCAGCUUUUAAGAAAAUGAGUGUUGAUAAAAUAAUUCCAGUAGAAAAAUUAGUAAAAGGAAAGUUCCAGGACAACUUUGAGUUUGUGCAGUGGUUCAAGAAGUUGUUUGAUGCCAAUUAUGAUGGGAAGGACUAUGACCCUUUGCUGGCAAGACAGGGUCAGGAUGUGGCCCCUUCUCCCAAUCCAGGUGAACAAAUUUUCAACAAACCCAAGAAACCUUAUGGCACUCCAGUGCCCCAGAGGACAUCCCCUACAGCACCCAAGAACAUGCCCGCACCUCAGAGGCACGUCAACACAACCCCAUCUGUGGGCAUCAGAAAGAACCCUCCCGUGGCCAGAAAUGGUGGCAGUGACACAGACGCCCAGAUCAUGGAGCUCAACCAACAGUUAAUGGAACUGAAAUUGACAGUUGACGGUCUGGAAAAGGAGAGAGAUUUCUACUUCAGUAAACUAAGGGACAUCGAGCUGAUAUGCCAGGAACAUGAAAGUGAAAAUAACCCAGUCAUCUCCAGGAUUAUAGAGAUUCUCUACGCUACAGAGGAAGGAUUUGCUGCUCCAGAAGAUGAAGAGAUUGACGAACAACCACACGAUGACCAAGAUGAAUAUUAAACUCAACAUUACUUCUGCCUUAUCCUGGUCUUUCUUUUCACCUUUCUCUCUGUAUCUUUCCCUGACCCUUCUAUCUAUAUAUCUCUUUUACUUCCUCCCCUGUCUUCUAACAUGAGAUUACCCCAGCUGUUCACCCACAACUACAUAAUAACUUCCUAGGUUGUACAGCUUUUUCCCACACAGACACAUAUUAGUGACAGUGACUGAUUCCUAGACAUUUCAGCAUGGUGUAAAAAAAAACAUUACUGAAUGAACAAAUUAUACGAAUGUGGGGUAAGAUAAUGAACAAAGCUGUAUAUAAUUCAAAGCAAAAGAAGAGAAGAAUCUCCUGAAUCCGAUUGCUGCCUGGCCUGUGCAAUUCUGAUUUUUAACUCAAUUCUGGAUGUACUGGAAUUUGUAAAAGGCCUUCAGCAUAACAAUGACACCAUUCUCCCUCUCUUCACUACAGAUUCCACUGUUGUGUCCAGCCCAUUGUCCCUCUACGACUGAGACUGUAUUAUAGUGAAAAAAACUAAACAAAAAGAUAUUUAAUUUGUAUAUUUUUUUCUUAAUGACUUUACUUGCACUUUGCAUUUUGUUUUAACAGUAAUCAACUGAAAACAAAAAAUGACCGAAUGAUGGUGAUGACAAGUUAAUACAUUGCAAGUUGUUUUAAUGGCUUAUUUGUGUUUUUAGAGACAGCAUGAAGAAAUUUUAUUUUUUUUUGUUUCUGUUCUUUUAGAUUGGGGGGGGCAGGGGCUAUCUUAAAAAUAAGAAAUAUGGCAGUCGUAACAGUAAUGGAAGGCUAUUUUCAAUACGCUGUGAGAUUAGCCUCUUUCCAUAAAUGUGUCCCAUGAGCAUGUGAAUGUUAUAGAUGGUUGGUGAAGGAUUGAUAUAUUUUUUAUAAAACUACUUGCAUUCUUAAAGAGAUGGUUCUCAAUCGGGAAGUAGCCAGGGUUCUGUAUCAUUUUAGUCUUAAGAAAACAUGGAUAUUAAGGGUGUUCAAUAUUUAUCCCUGAUGAUCACUGUACACUGAGUACAGGAGCACUUUUGUGGUGUUGCAGUAGAAUGUAUCUAACUAAAGGAAUUGCUGAAGUUGUUACAGGUUGAGAGGCCAAUACAUCUAGUUCUCGGAGUUCAGGCCUGUUGGAAAUGAAUGAACACUAAUCCAUCAUUGAGGAUCAAACGUGUUGCAUUAAUUCAGAGUUGAGAAUUGUUUAGCUGCUAUUUUUAUUUUCCAAUCCUUUUGGAUUUGAUUUUUAAUAUAUUGUAUACACCUCUAAUUGACAUGGAAGUUCUCAUUUGAACGUGAUGAGGCGAAUGAUGUGCGGUUAAAAUGAAAGACUUGGGACAAUUAAGAAAGAAGCUAGCACAAAGUUGUAGACACUGCAGUUCAACCCUUGCUGCUUAUACGAUCAAACUCCACAGUCAUCUGCCUUGGACAUCUCACACACAUUCUCACAUUGCCUGUCUGAUUGAAAUUCUGUGGCCAUAACAAUGGUGUGCAAAACUUGCAUCUGUUUUAAGUUUUAUUAAAUAAUAAACUGGUGUGAAAAAUGA